CGUGGGUGCGCCGGCGCCGAGCGGCGCGGUGCCGCGGAGCCAUGGGCAAGAGCCGCGCGCGGCGGUUCCGGAGGGUCCCCUUCUCCCCGACCGGCCCCGAGCGGCGCCACGAGGAGGAGGGCGGCCCUGAGGAGGAGCCGGCGGCGGAGCUGCUGCAGAAGCUGCAGCACCCCAGCGCCGAGGUGAGGGAGUACGCCUGUGCCAGCAUCUCACGGCUGCUGCAGCAGCAGCACGUCAUCCCGGCCUUCCUGCAGAGGGACGUCGUCCGCUGCCUGGGCCCCAUGCUGCUGGACCGCAGCUUGGCUGUGCGUGAGACGGCGGCGGGUGCCCUCCGAAAUCUGAGUGCUUGUGGAGGAUUUGAAGUUUGUGAUGACAUGGUGACCCAGGACGUCAUGACACCCCUUGUGGCACUUCUCAAAGAGUGUAGCAAUGGACUAGAUGCUAACCAGCUCUCCCCGAAGAAACGCAGAGAGAUGAGCAAAAAUUACGUUGAAGAUAUAGCCAACGAGGCUAUCAACUUGCUGUGGAAUGUGUGUGAAUGCAACAGUACAGCAGUAUCCAUAUUCAAUAAAGAAGGGUGUCUGGAGGCUGUGCUACAUUACAUUAAGAAAUUUUCCACGAAUGUGGAUCUGGCUAUUUCAGUAGCAAAUUGCUUACAGGCAGUGACAGAAGAUAAUCCAGAUCUCCUUUCUUCAUUCAAUGCCCCUAUGCAGCAAGUCUUGGAAACAGUGAUGCUGUGUCCAGAGAGCACAAUGAAGCACAUCCUUUUGAGAACACUGAUAGCAGGCACCAUCUGGAAUAUCAAGGAAACCAUUCCACCAGGCAGCCUGGGAAGCAUGGUUAAUGCAAUCCUGAAGAUUUUCUCGGAAUCAUUAGCAAUAGAUGCUGGUGAAACAAUUAUUCGUAUGAAUGAAGCUGAAAAAAACAGAUUAAAAGCUGCUGCAGAGGCAGAAACUGAGGAAAACAUGAUUGAUGUUACAAACAACUGUGCUAUAAGUGAAGAUGAUGGCAUGGAAGAAAUAUCUAAAGGAAAAGGCAGUGGAGAGCAUGACAUCUCAGACCUGCUUCCAUCUGAUAAAUGGGAGCUGAAAGAAGUGACAGCCUUACUGAUGGCUCAGCAGACUGCUCUGGAAAUCAUUGUUAAUAUGUGCUGCAGCGAAGAUCCCUCUGAUGAUGAGUGGGAAGAGCUCUCCAGCAGUGAUGAAAGUGACCUGUUUAUGGAAAACUCAUACAGUGAGGGCAGUGGGCUGCUGAUGUCACCCCUGUGCCUCUCUGCUGAGGUUCACUCAGCAUUUCUGAACAACCUCAUUCCAAAGAAGAUUCUUGAAAAAACUGCUUUUCCGAACAGUGUUGCUCUAGACAUCUGUAUGCACAAUCCGUCUUGGAAACCGUUAAUUAAAAAACUGAACACAGUGCAGUGUAGAGCUUUAACCUGUCUUCAUAGCAUUUUGUUGGUGUCAGAUGUGGAUUGCCUUGGAGGAGCCUCAGCACUUCAGUCACUUGCACAACAUCUCUCACAGCUGAUCUUUUCUAAAACAGAACUCCCUGAAGAUGCAGAAUUCUUGGAAGCCAUAACCAGUGCUUUGAGGGCUCUCUUACAAACAAUGGCAUCGAAGAACAUAUCCCAGUGUAUGACUGCUGAGCAGCUCCUGGCUUUAUGUGAAGCAAGUAUUCACAGCAGCAAUGCCAGUGUGAGAGUGAACGUAGUGAGCAUCCUUGGAAUUUCUGGCAGCGUCUUGGCCAAAGCAGAGGAUACAGCUGAAACACUAGAGAUGAUCGGAAAAUUUCUUCUUGAGGUGGCUAUGAAGGAGUCUUCUCUUGUGGUAGCAGGGGAAGCCUUGGAUGCCCUUUUUGAUGUAUUUGCAGAUGGUAAAGAAGCAGAAAAAGCAGCAGUGCAGAUGAAGUUGCUUCCAGCACUGAAAGAAUUUCAACCAGUGUUCAAAAUGAGGGUAGGCAUCAGAUGCAGCCAGCUUGGUGUCUCAGCUUGCUGCGUGGGUUCAGAUACGAAAAGAAGGCAAGGGACAAUAUAGUACAGAUCAGCUUUGUGUUCUUGACAACGUGAAGAUGAAUUUGAGAAGAUUCAUUGCAUAUCAGGAGACAUUAGGCAAAAACCCUACUUGAAACAUCGAGGAACUUUAAGGUUUCUUUAUCGAAAAAUGUUUUCCAAAAAUAUACUAAAAUGUAUUGAGAAAAGCAGUUUUGCUUUCAUGUUAAUAUUAGGAUUUUUAAUGUUCAGUAUUUUAUACUUCUGGGAUGAUGCAAUGUGGAGGUCACAUCAGCAUAAAAAUGCACAGCAUAUUUUGAGUUCAAAUGUUAGCAGUGAUGAGAAGUGCUCUUGCAGUCCUGCAGCAAAAAGCACCACUGUCAUUGUGAGAAAUCUUCACGUAUCCUGGCAGAAAACUACAAUUGCAUGACAAAGUAAUUUAAGGAAUAUUUUCAGUUAUGUGCCAGAUUAAGGCAGGGAGGCUUAAAGUAUUCUGAGGGAAUUAAGCAGUGAUGGGAUGUUGGUGUUUGCUGUUUGCCUUUACCUGUUUGUAGCUUUGCACAGGCACUUAUGGCAAGCUUCCCAAGGAAACUGUGUGAUAAGUGUGUAGAUUACUUUCAGCACUUGGACCUGUUACUUCUUGAGGCUUGGA